AAUAUUGAGUCUGGGCCAUCAAUAAUUUUGUAUGUGAACAUAAAAAAACCAUGUAUUCAUGGUCAACAGGUAUGAAUGACAGAUUUUCAUUAUAAGCACUCUGUUUCUACCAUAAAAGUUAGCAGUAUCACCUUACCAGAGUAUUUAUAACUGUAAUGUGAGAGCCCCUCGGUGUCACCCUCUCCUCCCUCCAUAACUCUCUGCGUACUCUGUAGCAGCUAAGUUCUCCGAUGCAGCACAAUCAUGCAGCCACACUUGGAGUAGGUGGAGUUACCACAUUCCUCUGGGGUGGACUCACAUGAGCAAUCUGUAGCAGGGCUACAAAUCUCUUUGGAUGUUGUCCCCCAUUGCCUUCAGUGGAAGAACACAUCUAUUCUUCCUGGAGAUAUAAAAACCUUCAAGCCCAGACAAAAAAGUUCCGGAUCACAAAUUCCAAAGCCGAACGUGUCUUGAUUUCUAAAAGUCAGCACUUCAUCACUGACUUGUUCCUUCCUUUCCAUGGAUCUGCAGCAAUACCACAUGGCAAAAAUGGCAAAUAAGCAGCAAGUGUCAGGCAUCGAGGAUGAGGCUGGUGGCCCCAGUAGUGCCCUCACUAUCCUCUCACUUCUGGAGCGAGUGGCAGGAAUCAUUGACAAUGUUCAGGCCUGUCAGCAGCGCAUGGAAGAAAGGCAACUGGAGCUGGAGAACAGUGUAAAGAGCAUCCAGUCAGAUGUUCUCAAACUGACCAAGGACCACACUACUACCAGUAGUACUGUGGAGAAGCUGCUGGAGAAGACCCGGAAGGUCAGCACCCACAUCAAAGAUGUACGGGUUCGGGUGGAAAAGCAAAACUUGCGGGUGAAGAAAGUAGAAACGACUCAGGAAGAGCUGCUCACCAAGAACAAAUUCCGAGUUGUCAUCUAUCAGGGAGACAGAGAAAUGCCAGCAGCGGAGGCACCAAAAGAGGCAAAAAGCACGAGCUCCAAGAGGGCCAUCACAGAGCCCGACACCUUUGAGGUUCCACCUGAAUCUGAUGAGGAGUACAUGGUGGUGGAGGAGGCAAACUCCUCCACUGCUGCGCGCCUCAAGAAGACGGGUUUGAAACGCAUCGAGAGCAUCAAGGCAGUCUUCUCCCGGGAGAACAUGAGCAAGACGAAAGAAAACCUCGGCACAAAGGUGAACCGCCUGGGCGAGCGCUUUGUCACUGCUGAGCAAAGAGAGAAGAUCCGUCAGUCGGGGGAAAGGCUCAAGCAGUCUGGAGAGCGCUUCAAGGAGACCAUCGCCAAGAGCGUCCCUGCCAAGCUGAAGAAAGAGAGGACCGUAGCAGAAGGUCAGGAGGGGGCAGAGGGCUCCACUGAGCCACAAGCCCCAGUUCCCCCACCCAAGGGUCGGAAGACCACCCAUGACGUCACCUACACAGAGGUGGUGACUGAGGCCAAACAGGGAGCCCCCACAGCUGAGCUCGGUGGCACACGCAAGAGGGAGGGAACCAGGAUGCUCUACACUGCUGCUGCUGCAGAGGAAUUCAAGGGGGAUGAGACAGAAGUGCCCAUUUAUGAUAUGAAACAACUCUCCUAACCUGCAGCUCCUCCAAGUGAAUGAUUGAUAGAGGAGAAACGCUGGAUAUGAAACGUAGGAACUCGUAUUUCAAGUGUUUGCUUAAAGAAACAAGUUCUGCUAUGAAAAGAAGUAAAUGGGGGAGGAUCACAAUUAUGUAUCUAUUUCUUUUUGUAACUGGAUAAUAACUAGGAACAAAUGAUACUUGGUGGCAGAUGUAGUUUUGGAUAAUUUAUUAGAAGAGGGUGUAGGGGAGAAGUUAUCUGUGAAAAACUCAACGCAACGAUGGUACAAACAGUAUUUGUUGUGAGAAAGUGUUUGCCUGCGUUCCAGUUUUCACCUUUUUCUUGCUCUUUCACAUUGAAUUCCAUCAGUUGCAGUAAUAUAUGAAGGGAAAAAGUGACACCAGUGUUGUUUGGAUGUAAUUCAUUUGGUGCAGAAGAUAAUUAGAUGUGAAUUCAUAGGUGUGAAAAUGUAAUUGCCUCUUUAUUUACAUUGAUUUAGCAGAUGUUUUUCUCCAAAGUGACU